GCAGGUGAAGGAACGAGACACAAACGCUUCGGUUCCUCGACCACCUGGAAGUACCGGAUCGACCGCCGUGGCUUCUUCCUCCUUCCAACGAUGUGGCUUGUCCUCGCGGCCGUGUGCCUGGGGGCGUGGGACGUGGGCGCCGACGCCGGCAAAGCGCAUUUCCUUCCGCCGCGAGAUCUGAAUCGGCCCGACCGCAUCGUGGGCGGUGAGCCCGUGAACGAAGGUGACCUCAAGUGGCAGGUGUCCAUUCAGCAGAAGCGAGGAAGCAACACGCAAUCUCACUUCUGCGGCGGCUCUCUCAUCUCGGACUCGUGGGUGGUCACCGCCGCCCACUGCACCAAAGGCAUCAACUACGACCACGUGGUGGUGGUGACGGGCGCGUGGGACCUGAAGCAGGGCGGCAAUGAGUACGAAGUCGAGAAGGUGAUCUGCUCAAGUUACAACGACAUCACGCUCAAGGACGACAUCGCCCUCCUGAAGCUGAAGAAGAGCCCCCUCCACACGCGCGAAGGUGCCACGGCCGUGCCCAUCAGCUUAGAAACCCGGAAGGAGGUCGGCGUGGGCAGGAAGUGCAUGAUAUCUGGCUGGGGCAGGACGGAGGAGGGAGGCCUCUCGCUGCCGCAUAUCCUCAGGGCCGCUGACGUCGAGGUCAAAAGUGACGCCCAGUGCAACGAUACAUACAACUCCAUCUCGUAUUAUGUGCAUCGCUCCAACGUGUGCGCGGGAGGCGAGUCGAGGGACGCCUGUCAGGGCGACUCCGGCGGCCCCCUGGUGUGCUGCGAGGAAGGCUCGAUGGAACCCGAGGACUGCCGGCUGAGCGGAGUGACGUCCUGGGGCAUCGGGUGCGCGCGGAAGGGCCUGCCGGGCGUCUACACUGAGGUGGCGCAUUACACUGACUGGAUAAGAGAGGUGAUCGAACAGAACGACGACGAUAACAGUUCUGUCGCGAAGAUCGGGUUCUACAAGGGAGAGCAGGAGAAGAAGAAAGGCAGAGGAAAAGGAGGGAGGAAGAAGAACUAGCUCCCCCAUUGAUAAGUGUAUUUGGAGGUGAUUCAUGGGUGUUUUGAUGAGACCGAGAAUAAAAAGAUAAAAAGAAAUAUAUACAUAUAUAUAUAUAUAUAUAUAUAUAUAUAUAUAUAUAUAUAUAUAUAUAUAUAUAUAUAUAUAUACAAGGAAGCUAGGCGCGGGGAAAGGGGGUAAGUACAUAUCAUCCUUAAAUUGACCUUAAGGCCAAUUUGCAAGCCCUGGGCAGUCCGUUGCGGUGGGAAAAGUAAAGGGGAUAAAACAUACUUAUUUCCUCUGUAUCAUGUUUACUAUGUGAAAGCAAUAAAACAGAAGAUCA